UAUAUUCAUUUUCAGUAUUUACCUCUUGAGCCAAAAUAAAACCCCACAAAACCCCUAAUUCAGAGAAAACAAUCGACAAAGGCUCAGUUCAAAAACUCCAUCGGCUACAAUGGCUUCCAUCUCUUCGUCCUCUUUCAAUUAGGUUUCCGCGUAAGUUUCAGACAAUCUUCAAUUUCCCAAUUUCUUCGUUAUCCGAGGUUCUUUUUAUUCAACGAUGAUCGAUUGAAGGUUCAAUUUUUUUAAUUUUUUUUCUCUCCAUUUUCUUCGCUCUGUAAUUUUCCUUCCAUCCAUCGCUAUUUACAAUCAACUUCAGUUAAAUGCAUCGAACUUUCGCCUUGUUGAGGAGCCGUACAUCAUCACUCAGAAACAGAGCCACAACUCUCUCCCAGUUGAACAACAGCGCCUCCCCAAUUAAUAAAAAUGGGGUUUUUGAAUUCAGAGCGCUCAUGUACAGCACUUACACAUUCACCAGGCGACCACCCGACCCGAAUGACCCGGCCACCUUGAUGAAGGAGGACGGUGUUGCCGUUUCUUCGCAAAUGUGGAUCGAAAAUUUCCGAGAGCCCGAUAAAACCGUUACUAAUUUAUCGAAUUAUUUGAGAAGGUUCGAGCUGUGGGUGUUGGCUUAUCAAAAGGUUUGCGCGGAUGAAACCGGAGCUUAUAUGCCUCGUAGCUCAAUCACACGCUCUGCGCUCGAGGACUUGCUAGCCCUACGGAAUGCUGUACUCGAUAGCAGGUUUAAAUGGGGAGCUAGAUUGGAGUUCUUCAUUAGGUCACCGAAGGAUAAAACCGAUUACGAGUCGUUGUCGAAGAGGAAAAUUAGGGCAAUUUUGACAACCACUCAGAGAGCUGCUUUUCAGGACAGAAUUGUUCAGGAAGUGUUGUUCUUGAUCUUGGAGCCCGUUUACGAGGCGAGGUUUUCGCAGAAGUCGUUUGCGUUUAGGCCUGGAAGGAACGCUCAUACGGUUUUGAGGGUGAUAAGAAGGAGCUUCGCGGGCUAUUUGUGGUAUUUAAAGGGCGAUUUGAGUACGGUCUUGGACGGUAUGAAAGUUGGGAUGGUGAUUAGUGCUUUAAUGAGGGAUGUUAGGGAUAAGAAGGUGAUUGAUUUGAUUAAGUCCGCACUAAUCACGCCAGUUGUCACUAGUAGAGACGAUGGUGUGAAGAAAAAGAAGAUUAAAAGAAAGUACCAGAAGAAGAGGGUUCUUGCGGAAGACGAGCCAAAGCCGGAUCCUUAUUGGUUGGAAUCUUUUUUCGGAUUUGCACCGGAGGAGGCUGAGAUUCAACCUUCAUGGGGUCAUUGUGGAAUCCUCAGCCCUCUAUUGGCUAACAUAUGCCUAGACGAAUUGGACCGUUGGAUGGAAGAUAAAAUCAAGGAGUUUUACAAGCCGUCCAAAAGUGACGUCAUAUGGAACAGUCCCGAGGGAGAGGCGGAGCAAGGGAAUACUUCUUGGCCAGAGUUUGUUCCGACUAGCGGCCCCGACAAGACUCGGAAGAUCGAUUACAUACGCUACGGUGGCCAUAUCUUGAUUGGUGUUAGAGGACCGAGGGCUGAUGCAGCGAUUCUGAGGAAACAGUUGAUCGAAUUCUGUGACCAAAAGUAUAUGUUGAAGCUCGAUAACGAGAGCCUCCCUAUCGAACACAUAACUAAAGGGAUCAUGUUUCUUGAUCAUGUGUUGUGCAGAAGAGUUGUGUACCCCACUCUGAGAUAUACUGCCACCGGUGGAAAAAUCAUCAGCGAAAAAGGUGUGGGCACGCUUUUGUCGGUCACAGCUAGUUUGAAGCAGUGCAUUAAACAGUUUAGGAAGUUGGAUUUUGUGAAAGGGGAUAGAGAUCCCGAUCCACAGCCUUGUUUUAGGAUGUUUCAUGCCACACAGGCACACACGAACGCUCAAAUGAACAAGUUCUUGUCCACUAUAGUCGAGUGGUACCGUUACGCUGACAACAGGAAAAAGAUAGUAAAUUUCUGCUCGUACAUUAUCAGAGGUUCACUCGCGAAGCUCUAUGCUGCAAAGUACAAGCUCAGGUCACGGGCGAAGGUUUACAAAGUUGGUGCUCGAAAUUUGAGCCGCCCUCUUAAGGAAAAGAAAGGGCAGUCGCCCGAGUAUCAUAAUUUGUUGAGAAUGGGUCUCGCUGAAUCGAUCGAUGGGCUGCAGUAUACGAGGAUGUCUCUUGUGCCUGAAACCGACUAUUCGCCUUUUCCACUUGGAUGGAGGCCUGACCAUGAGAAGGCGUUGCUCGAGUAUAUAAAGCUUGAGAACUCACAGACACUUGAGGAGCAGCGCACGUGCCUUAUGGAGCAAGGUUUGGUUUCGCCUCAGGAUUACAUUUCGAUGCUCGUGUGGAAUUACAAAAAGAAUGCUGUUUUGUUGCCUCGUAUUUCCUCUACGCUGAGUGGUGAGGGUGACGUAAAAAGAGAUGAAGAAGGGUUGUUAUUGGGCUCGGAUGAUGAAAUGAGUGACACGGGGUUUUGUGAGGGAGACAAGGAAGAAAGGAUCGAUGCGGCGGAGAUGUGAGAUAACCUUGUGUAUGCUGAAGUAGUUGUCAGUGAACUUAAAAACGGUUAAAAGGCCUCGAGCCCUUUUACUCGGAGCGCAAACACACAGACAACAAAAAUUGAUCGAGAGAUAACAAGUCGUGACACUUGACAGCAAGUGGAUUGAAGAAAGUCGAGAGAAGAAUGAUUGAUGAUUCCGAUUGUUUUUGGCGCAUACAUGUGUAAUUUGUAUAUCGGCCGAAGAUGUGAAAGUGUGUUGCAGCUCGACGGACCAGACGAAAUGUGCGUUAACCAGUCGAUGGCAAUGGUGGUGGAAGAACACAUCCUCUGCAAUUCAAGGAAGAAAAGAGUGUUUGUUAAUCUUCAGUGUAUUAUCCUUGUUUAACAGCUAUGCUAGCUAGUUUUGUGACAUUAAAAAUUAUUUUUCAGAAACCGGAAUUUUAUUUUGUAAAUAGAACAAAAGUAUGAAAUUCAAUCCAAAAAUUCUUAA